AUGUCUGACAAGAAAAGCUCGGAGCGGCCAGAGCCUUUUGCGCGUGCGUUACAGCAAUCCGACGAAGAGAGUGGUCUGGAAAACAGCCAUGAUGCCACAAGCAAAGAAGAACAAUACUUGGACGGUUGGAGGGGGUGGAUUGUUGUCGCCGCCUCGUCUUCUGCCCUAUUCGUGUUUAUGGGCGUGAUAUAUUCGUGGGGUAUUCUGCAGGCAGACUUGGCACGUAAAUCCAACAUGUCGCUGACAACGUUGACGUUUGUCGGUUCAUUGGCAACAUCAUUCAUGACUUCGAUAUGCAUCUUUGUCGGAAAAGCUGUCCGCAGAUUUGGAUAUCGGGAGACUGCCAUUGCGGGAGCCAUAUUCCUCGGCCUGGGGGAGUUUGCAUCGAGCUGGGUCACCCAUCACCUCGGCGCACUCUUUGUCACUCAUGGUGUCAUUUUCGGCGUUGGCGGUGGCUUGACAAUCUUGCCGUGUUCUACUGCACCUUUAAAAUGGUUUCGCAAGCGCCGUGGUCUCGCCACGGGCAUCGUUUUUGGUGGUGGGAGUCUGGGCGCCGCCGUCAUGGGCGUCGCAACAAAUAGCAUGGUGGGCCGCAUCGGUGCUCCUUGGACUUUUCGAGUUUUGGGAUUCAUGCUGUGGGCAGUCUGUCUUCCGGCGGCCUGCUUAUUGAAGCAGCCUGCUUCUGCGCAGAAUUCGGUUCCGAAACUUCAAUGGCAACGAUUCAGAGACGUCGACUUUCUCAUUGUCUUUUUUGGUUCCUCUUUGGCUUGUUUUCCGCUAUUCGUUCCUCCUUAUUUCAUCCCCGUCUUUGCCCGUUCAAUAAGUCAAUCGGGAAACACUGCCAUUAUUGGCUUGACGAUUUGGAAUAUUACGUCUACAUUUGGACGGGUUUGCGCUGGUUACACUGCCGAUUCUUUGAUAGGGCCCCUGAACAGCUUCCUCGUUUCCAUGAUUUGCUGCGCAGUAAGCUCAUUCGCCAUUUGGCCUUUUGCCUCCAAUAUGGGGAUUCUGGCCGCAUUUGCUGCCAUCAACGGCAUAGGCUGCGGCUCCUUCUUCAGCUUGUUUCCUACGGUCCUCGGUUCCAUGUUUGGUCAAGAAAAUACAAUGGGAGUACUACCCCUCAUGUGGGGAGGGUGGUUCUUUGGUUUCUUUUUUUCUCAGGGAACCCCAAUCGCCGCACAGCUCUAUGCGUUGGCGGGAUCAAGGACCGACAUUGCCGCAUACCGGCCUGCGGCAUUUUACGCAGGGGCAAUGUCAGCCAUUGGUAUCAUUUUCUUCCUUGUAUUGCGUCUACGAAAGACGAAGAGACGAUGCCACCGGUCAAACAUAGACGGUUGUGCACUCAGCUUGCCCAAGACGACUCCAAUCGGAAAAGCGAGGCGCAAGAGAGCUCGACAGAGUCAGGUCUCGGUGACACCGUCCGACGCUCAAGAUGAGGAAACCUGGGUGAGCACUUCACGGCAGCAGAGCGAGGCAACCGUCUCGCCGAAUAUAGUCACGGACCGCGAAGCUGGCGGGCUUGUUCGUCAAAGAGAAUCUUUGACCGAGACUCAUCCGUUAGCAGAUCAAUACGAUAAAGAUAUCGUUGGCCGUCAUAUCCGCAGCCUGCCACCGGGUAUCGUGAUGAAAUGUCUCAAUGUCUUUACAAACAAAUUCCCAGAGCUGGCAAUAUUACAUCUUCCUAGCUUCAUCUCCGAGCUUCGCUCACGCGGUUCAAAAGAAGCCAUCGCCCUGUUGAGCGCAAUCUUGGCGGUGACGCGCUCUCAAAUAUGCGUCUUGAAUGCGUCUUGGGGAGACGGCCUCUUGCAUCAAGAGCAUUAUGCUCUGUACGCCAAAGAUCUCUUGCGUCAUCUCAUGUUGCAGUCUCCGAAUGUUCAGGUAGUCCAAGCAUUGCUCGUCAUUACGCAGCAUGAAUGGGGCACUAGAGACUUUCACAAGGCGUGGAUCUAUUGCGGAGUCGCUGUUCGAAUAAUGCAAGCUCUCCAUAGCCUGAGGGUGGCUCCGUAUCCUUUGGACAUGACUUCGGAAAGGAAGACGGACGCUACUUCGGAAGCCAUCGAGACUCGCACAUACUGGGCUUGCUUCAUCAUGGACUGCAUGGUCAAUUCGGGCACGUACAAUCCACCGAUGCUGUCAAUGUCGGAAAUGAACAAGUUGAAAAUUCCGCGGCCCGUCGGCGUGGUCGAAUUCGCGUUUGGGCCGGACUCGUCUUCUCGGGCGCCACGCAGCGACGAAUCCUACGCCAAUCACACGACGGGCAUACUCGACAUCACCCAAGGUUUUGAGAUUCUCGUCGCCGGGUUUGACAUCUGGAAGCAGCUGAUGGCCUUUAUUUUCCAAGACGGGCGCCGCGCACCAGGCAUGUGUGCACCUCCAAACUGUCCAUGGGUGCCGGGCUCGCCAUGGUUUGUGUCCCGCAAUCAGCUGGAGAAUUGGAGGGCAAACCAACAUCGGAAGCUCUAUUACCCAAACAACUCGGUAGCGGUGCACAUGACACUAGGAUAUGGCGAGACCUUUACGUAUCUCAACCUCCUAUACUACGUCAGUACACUGAUGCUCCAUCGAGAGUAUUUCCCGUUUCUGCCGACGCUCGAGUCAACGCCACAGGGUCCUGUUGAUCAUCCCAUGCUCGAAGCCACAGCUCCAGAGGGGUGGUGGGAUGAAAGUGCUCGAAUCCUGUUCGGGGCGGCGGAAAACAUAGCAAGGAUCCUCCACGAAUCUUGCGAAUGCGGCGUGCAUUUAAUGACGCCAUUCGCCGGCUUCUGUGCCUUUUCAGCAGGCUACCUGAACCUCUAUGUCUACCAUUUUCCGCGGAUGAAUCUGUGCCGAAGCCCGCAAGCGAAAGCAUGCAUGGACAUGUGUCUCGACUAUCUAAACGAGUUUCGAAAAGUCUGGACAAUUGCAGACGGAUGGAUCAAGACUAUUCAGCACGCUUCGCUAUUGUAUUCCCGGGCAGUGGAAAAUCGGUCGCGAUACCAAGGCAGAACAAGAACUGAUUUUGACGUGCUGCAUCAGUCGAUUCAUGAAUUUCGCGGCAUUGAUCGAUCGGAUCAGCAUACACAAGAAAUUGAUGGGGCCGAUAUAUCCCGCCAUGCAGACGCUCAGAGGCAGCCUGUUGAGGGCAUCGUCCCCGAGGUCGAUACAAAUACGCUUCUGACGCAGCUGCUGGCAGAAGUGAGCAGCAACCUUGACGAGCAAGGCGCAUGGUCGCAGUGGUGGCCGCCCGUGGAGGAGGUGUCUUUACCACCGACCAACUGA